CUAGUUUGUGAUCGUAUAUAAGUUCAUUAGCAUCCACUGUUUCUUAUUUCUUGUGGCACUUCAAAUCAGCUUUCAUUCGCCACGCAAAAUGUGUUAUUCUUCUAUUGAUUUUCCUGUUUUCUUCAGUUAUUGUUCAUUAUUUGACGUGUAUAUAUUCAUAAAUUGAUUUCUGUAUUCGCUUCACUUUUCCUUAUAGUUAAUCUGGAAACUAUGUCGUCUACAUUGGAGCAUUUGAAAAAACAUACCAUCGUCGUUGGUGACACUGGAGAUUUUGAAUCUAUGAAGCAGUACCUACCGGUUGAUUCAACAACAAAUCCAUCUUUAAUUUUAUCUGCAUGCAAAUUGCCACAAUAUUCUCAUUUAUUAGAUUCUGCAAUUCAGUAUGCAAAGAAACAAAAAACACUAGAUGAACAAGUUGAAACAGCUGUAGAAAGAAUAUGUGUCCUGUUUGGCUGUGAAAUUUUGAAAGUUGUUCCUGGACGUGUUUCUACUGAAGUAGAUGCUAAAUAUUCAUUUAGCAUUAAUAAACAAGUUGAAACAGCUCGUCGUCUUGUUGCAAUGUAUGAAGAAUUAGGUGUUUCUAAAGAACGUAUCUUAAUCAAGCUGAGCUCUACUUGGGAAGGUAUAAAAGCAGGUGAAAUACUUGAAUCAAAACACGGGAUACAUUGUAAUCUGACACUGAUGUUUUCGCUUUAUCAGGCUGUGGCGUGUGCUGAAGCUAAGAUCACGUUGAUUUCACCCUUUGUUGGACGAGUGCUGGAUUGGUAUACAGCCAAGCAUGGUAAAAAAGAAUUCUCAAGACAAGAUGAUCCUGGUGUCAAAUUGGUUACAAGUAUCUAUAAUUAUUACAAAGCUCAUGAUUAUAAAACACAAAUAAUGGGCGCUUCAUUCAGAAAUGUCAAUCAAAUUCUUGGCCUAACUGGAUGUGAUCUGUUAACAAUAGCACCAAGUUUAUUAGAAGAAUUAAGUAAAAUGUCUGAAGUACCUUCUGUCUGCUUAAGUGUAGAAAAAGCUAAAUCACCAAGUGUUCAACAUGCUCAUCGACCAGAUCAUCCAUUAACUGAGGAAGAAUUUCGUUGGUAUAUGAAUGAAGAUGAAAUGGCUAGUGAUAAAUUAGCUGAAGGGAUACGACGUUUUGCUAAAGAUUCUACUAUAUUAGCAGAUUUAAUUAAAUCACGUAUUCAACAAAAGUAGUGUAAUAAAAAGAAAGCUCUGUUGUUUAUAUUGAUAAUUUUGAAUUUUGCGCGCCUUUUCUUUUAAUUUGUUAAACAAUGAACAUUGAUUGUUGUGACAGGGUAGACGCUCUCUGAUUUUAAUGUAUACUGUUUCUACUACUACUACCUCUACUACUACUAAUUGUACUACUGUAAUUGUUAUUCUUACCGUCAAUGUCGGCAUUAUACAGAUAAUCAAAUCAAUCAAUCGAUCAAUGCGCCUUUCACCUUUUCUGUUUGCUAAUUUCACAACGAAAACUUUUAUUUGGCCUUUUUUGUUGUUUCUAAUUGUCAGUUAUGCGCAUAUGUGAAAGUUUAUUUAUUUAUAUAUAAAAUACAUUCUCAGUUAUCUA